AUGUCAGACUCGGGAGACCUGGAAAGCCUAGACAGCUCCAAUUGGGAGAUCGUUGACCCUGAACUGUUAAACAAGUCCCGACCAGUUCUGACUCAUCCUGACCACGGGGUCUGCUGCUCAAUCAAGUUUUUCGACGGCCCUGGUGGAGAGCGUUACGUUCCUGAGCAUCUCAUCGAGAAACACACCGAUUUCGCCGCCCUCUUCGAUAAAAACAAGCAUCUAGAUUGCAGUCCCGUUAGACGUGCUUCCGUUUCAGUUGUCAUGUGUUAUCUCAAACGAGGUCGCCUUCCUGGCCCCAAUCGGAACGAGUCUGAAAGGUCGGCGGUCAUCCGGCUGUUCAGGAGAUUGAUCAUGUUUCGCGAAGACGCACCCAGAAUCAGAAUUGAAGGUUUGCAGGAGUUGAAUGUCAAGGGAGUCACGCAACUACUAGAGAAACCGACAAUCUUGGAUAUGCUUGAGGUCGCUACCAAGGAACGUGAGUGGCGACUGGCCGAGACAGACGACAUGCUGAUCAAGCUUCUCACCCUCCGGAUCUUUGCGCAAACGGAGCUGGUUCCAGUAGAGGCCUUUACUGUUAUGGAUAAUUUUUGUAACAAGGUAGCCGAUGUCAAAUGGAAUGUGUUGAAGGCUAUGAUCAGCAUCAUGGUCGAUUAUCAGCGCUUGAAGAACAAGGACAAGGCCAUGAUUCUGGAUAGAUGUAAAGCCUCGGAAGAUUGA